CUAUUCACGGAUUUGUGCAAUUUACCUGAGAUUCUGAGCGGCUGGACCACAUUCUAUCCUCUGGAGAGCAAGAAUUAAGAUGCACAUUGUGUACAGCUGCAUGUACUAACUGGUGGAGAUUAAAGGUGUUCAAGAUGAGUUGGUUUGGGGAUGAAUGGAAGAAUGGGCUUCCACACAGGGCCCAACAGGAAAUACAGAAACUGGAAAGUAACCUUGAAAAGCUACGCAAGGAACAGAAGCAGAAGCAAUUUCAGUUGGAGUCACUAGAUGCUGCUUUGAAGAAGCAGCAGAAGAAGGUUGAAGAGGAGAAAGCGCAGUAUGCAACCUUGAAGAAGGAAAAUCACAGUCUGGCAGAAGCAUGUGACGAUGUGGAGAAGAAGAAAGAAAGGUUGGCACAUGAGCUGCAGAAUAAGGAAUCCAUGGUUGCCUGUCUGAAUGGUCAACUCUCUCACACCAAGACACAGCUUGAGGCCGAGCAGUCCAAGUCAACCCAGCUCAAGAAUGAGAUGGAGAAAGCUCAGAUGGAGGUCAACGAGAUGACUAACAAGAUGGAGAAACUAUCACAAGAUUACAGAAAGCUACAGGAGAACUGUAACCACCAGCAGCGCCAGUUAGAGACCCAGACUGAGAAACUAAAAAUUGCCAAGCAAGAAAAUGGACAGGGGAAGAAAUCACAAGGGAGCUUCUCUGAUGAGGAUAUUUCUAGUGAUCUAGUGCAACAAUUGCAGGUAAUGCAAGCAGCCAAAGAACAAGAACAAAAGACUCGCAAACAGCUUGAGAAACAGCUCCAAGAUAUUCAGGCAAAGAUGGGAGAGAGCGAGGCGUCCCUAGCCAAGAUGGCCGUGCAGCAGCCUGCCGUUGUCAUUGAGUCGCCUCCUAUCCAAACAUUGCCUGUGAAGACAGAGUCUGAUGAUGGGCUCAAAGAGAAGCUUACAGAACUCCAGGCCAUGGUCACUGACCUCAAGAAACAAAAGGAAGUCGGCACCCAAGAGAACCACAAGCUAGAGCUGCAGGUUCAGGCUACUGACAAGCAGCUCAGAGACACCACGGCCCAGCUGCAGGAAGCCAAGAAAGACAUUGCAGAGAUGAAGAAAGACGGAGAGGACAGGAUCAAGAUACUAGACACCAAACAAGAUGAGAUCAACAACCUCAAAGGGAAGAUAGAAGAAGGCAAACUUCAGCUGAGCAAUCUGGAGCAGAAGUCUAAAUCGAUUACCAAGGAGCUGGAGUGCCAACGCCACAACGCAGAAGCUGCCCGGCAAGCACAGGAACAGCGAUUCAAGGAGCGGGAGAAGGAGCACAAACAGGAGGUCUCCCAGCAGAUCCAGACCCUGACCAGCAUGGACAAACAGAUGAACGAGGCCAAGACCAAGUCCACCCAGGAGGUCAACCGCCUGACGAAGGAAAAGGACCAACUGGCUGCCCAGAUGGAGAAGGCUACCUUUGAGAAGCAGAAGCUGGAGGCCCAGCUCAAGGAAUUGCAGCAAAAGGUGCAAGGUGCAGACCAAAGUUUGAGGAAUCAUGAUCAGGUUGUCGAGAAGUUGAACAAGAGCAUUGAGAACCUCAAGAAAGAAAAAGAAGGCUUGGUUUUCAAGAUGGAACAGAGCGAAUGCAAAGUAAUGCGAGUGGAAGGAGAAUUAGAGAAAGCAAAGCGAGAGCUUCAGCAGAGUGAGAAUGUCAACAGUGACUUGAGAGGGAAGAUGAUGGAGAAAGACCUUGACAUGGAAAGCCUGGAGUCUAAAUGUGACAACCGUGUGAAGGAGAUCAACAACCUGGUUGAGAACUUGAAGAUUCAGCUUGCAGAUGUCAAAUCCAAAUAUGACUCGGCCAAUGACCUCGCCAAGAAGCAUGAGCAGAAGGCAGAGAAGCUUGAAAGAGAAUACCAGCAGUUGGAGACGGAGAAGAACAAAAUGGGAGAGGAGACGAAGCAAAAGGAGGAUGAAGUGAAGAAGAUCAAAUCAGAGAUGACAUCUAUCGAGAAGAGUAUGAAAGAUGCCAUGUCACAUCAGAACAUGCUUCUUGAAGAGAAAAAGAAACUGGAGAAAGAGCUUGAUGCAAAAGACAACAGGAUUGCAGAUUGUGAGUGUAAUUUGCAGAAGUCCAAGGAUAAAGUUACUGAAUUGGAAUCCAAACUUAGAGAGAAUCAAGCAAACUCUGAAAAUAUUCAACUUCAAAUGGACCAGAAAGAUAAAACUGUAAAAGAGAGGAGUGCAAAGAUUCAGGAACUACAAGUUGAACUACAGAAUACUGAGAAGACCAAUGAAGGUAAAGUCAAUGCAAUGAAUACAGAAGUCUCGUCCCUGAAGGGCCAGAUUACUCACCUUGAAAUGGACAUUGAUUGCAAGAAUGCAACCAUGUGUGAACUACAAAAGAAUAUCUCAGAAAUCGAAGACAACCUCACAACCAGCAAGAGUAUUAUCAGAAAGAAAGAUGAUGAUUGGUCAGCUAAGCAAUCAGAACUUGAUACAAUGGCUGCUGAGUUGAAGAAGACAGUUGCCAACUUGGAGGAAGAGUUAAAGGAAUCCAAGGCUGCCUUGGAAAAAUCUGAUAAGCUAAAGGAUGACAUGAUAGCAGCCAAGUCAGAGGCUCUCUGUUCCAAGGAGAGUGAGGUAUCCUCUCUUCAGAAGCAGCUUUCUAAGGCUGAAGAGGAGUUGAAGGGUAGAGAGACCAGAUUGCAGGAGAUGCAAAAUAGUCAGGAGGAGCUGAAGCAAGAGGUUGACUCACUGACCAAUGAGAAAGGAUCUCUAUCCUUUGCACUCGAGGCCAAAGCUGAGGAAGUCAAAGCCCUACAAGCUGAGGUCAAAGACAAGACUGCCAACCUGGAAGCAUCAUUGCAGACACUCCGACAACAGAACCAAACACUCCAGGACAGUUACAAGAAAGCUUGUGAGCUGGCUGACACCAAGGCUGCAGAGGUUACAGAUUUAUUUGACAAGCUGCAAGCUUCAGAAACCGAAGUGGAGAAGCUGCGAGACAGAGUUACCAUGACAGAGGAAAGCAUGCGAAAUGCAGAAUCUGCCAAUCAGACUGCGACAAACGAUCUGAAAGAGGUGACCCAGCAGUUAGCGCAGAAGGAAGCACAACUCUGCUGUCUUCAAGAAGACCUGGAGUGUGUAGGUGAUACACUGGAAGACAAUGAAAAACAGUUUCAAACUACUCUGGAGGGUCUUAAAGAAAAGUUGGAUAAGCUCCACAAUGAAAAAGAAGAAAAAGAUGCAGAACUUCAAGAUCUUGCGUCACGGUUUGAUCAUUCAACUGUGGAAGCUACAAAGCUUCAAGAAGAAGUUAGGAAUCUCAAGGAGAAUAAUGAACAGGCUCAGCAAUUUGGAGAGGCCAAGAACAGGGAAGUAGAGGAUUUACUUCAGCAGCUGGUAGCAAGUGAGAAGAAGCUAGAUGAACUCUCUUCAAGCGAUGAGAAGAACAUGAAAUCCAUUUCUGAGUUGGAAAAGACAAAUGGUCUUCUGAAGGAACAGAUGGAAGUUGCCACAGAACAGCUCAACGCAAGUAAAGACGAGGUAGAAUCCACCCAAGCCGAGCUGGAUAAGCUUCAAAUAUUGCUUCAGAAACAAACAACUUCUUUCGAGAAGCAGAUUCAGGAACUUGAAGCUUCAAAUUGCCAACUUUCAGAGAAGGUUGAACAAGCAUCAAGUAGUUCCUCCAAGAAGGAUGAAGAGAUUGCAAACCUUGAAGCCAAGAUAACUAGCCUUGAGCAGGAUGUUGUCAUCCUUGCUGAAGGGGCUUCCAAACUUCAAGAAGAAAAGGAGUCAGCAAACGAAAAGCUCAAAUUGCUUGAGAUGGACAUGGAAGAGAGACAAGGUUUACUCGGAACAAGAGGUGAUGAAGUGCUUCGUUUGGAGAAGGAACUCUUUGACUUGCAGAAGCAGAUUGAUUCGACUGCACGUGACUUGGAGAAGAGUCUUGAGGAGUCAACCAGAUGCAGUGAGGAGUUUUCCAUGAAGUUUGAGCAACAGGAAAGGGUCAUUGAACAGAAAAAAGCAGAACUGAGUCAGCUGGCUACCAGGGUAGAAUCAUCUGACCAAGAGCUGGGACAAAUGAGAGUAACUGUGAAUGCUAACAUGGAGAGUUUCAAAGAGCUUGAGAUGAAGCAUGUAGAGCUUUGCCAUCAGUACGAUGAUGUCAAGGAGCUCAUGAAGACGAAAGAAUCUACGCUGGAGCACCAGAGUCGUGAGCUGGAUGAGUUACAUAAUCUUAUCGAUAAUAGGGAGAAGGAGAUGGAAUUGAAGGUAAGGGAGCUCGAGAACAAUGUCUCAUCUGCUCACAUUGAACAUGAAAAAUUGCAGGAUGUCCUCUUGAAGAAAGAAUCAGAGGCAGCAGAACUUUGUAAGGAGUUGGAAGCACUGAAGAACGAUACCGAUGAACAGAUUUCCUCACUGCAGAAUAGCCUCGUAAUUGUUGAGGGUAAAUUCUCAAUAGCUGAAUUGGAGAAUGAAAAGAGUACAGAUCUCUUGAGUGCAAGACAAGAAGAAAUAGCUGGACUUACCCAGGCAUUGGACGCAUUGAAGCAGGAAAAUAAUUUGAUAGAUAAUAGGGAGAAAGAAAUGGAGUUGAAGGUCAGGGAGCUUGAGGACAAUGUAUCAUCUGUUCGCACCGAACAUGAAAAAUUGCAGGAUGUCCUCAUGAAGAAAGAAUCAGAUGCAGCAGAACUUUGUAAGGAGUUGGAAGCACUGAAGGAUGCCACUGAUGAGCAGAUUUCCUCACUGCAGAAUAGCCUCGUAAAUGUUGAGGGUAAGCUCUCAAUAGCUGACUCAGAGAAUGAAAAGAGUGCUGAUCUCUUGAGAGCAAGACAAGAAGAAAUAGCCGCACUUACCCAGGAAUUGGAUGCAUUGAAGCAGGAGAAUAACCUCAUAAAUAAUAGGGAGAAAGAAAUGGAAUCGAAGGUCAGGGAGCUCGAGAACAGUGUCUCGUCUGCUCACACUGAGCAUGAAAAAUUAAAUGAUGUCCUCCUGAAGAAAGAAUCUGAGGCAGCAGAACUUUACAAGGAGUUGGAAGCACUGAAGAAUGCAACCAAUGAACAGAUUUCCUCACUGCAGAAAAACCUCUCAGAUGUUGAGGGCAAACUCUCAGUAGCUGACUCGGAGAAUGAAAAGGGUGCUGAUCUCUUGAGAGCGAGACAAGAGGAAAUAGCUGGACUCACUCAGGCUUUGGAUUCAUUGAAACAGGAAAAUGGAAGACUCACAGAUGUGACAGUCUCUUCUGAAAUUCUACAACACACUCUACAGCAGACUGUUGAUGAAGUGAAAACAGCAUUGGCAGAAAAGGAGAGGAAUGCUGAUGAGAUGGUUAGGAACCUCAGGCAAACUAUCUCAGAUCAGGAAAAAUCUCUCCUUGCAAAUCAAGAUACUCUUGAUUCGAUCCAGUCUGAGUUGCUUUCUGUCAAAAGCAGCAGGGAAGAGGUACAGAAGGAGGCUGAUACAGAAAGAGAGAAUCUGAUGUUGCAAGUUCAAGAACUGAAAGGCAAUACAAGUGACUUAGAAAAUAGUAUGAAAGUGUUGCAAGAUACUCUCAAAGAAACAACAACAGCUCUUGAGGAAAUAAACCAAGAAAAGGCCUCCCUGGUAGAAAGGAAAGCAGACUUGGAAAGGACUGUUGAAGUUCUUACUCUGAAGAUGGAAACCCAGAAAAGACACCUGGAUGAACAGGGCAAUAAGAUCUGUGAUUUGGAGCAACAUCUGAGUGACAAGGAAGCAGAGAUUGAAAGGAUGCAGAUAGAAUUGGAUGAGGUUGAAGAAGGUCUUUCAAACAGCCAGAGAAACAUGCAUUCUGAACUAGCAUCAAAGGAGCACGAGUUGAGUAAGCUGAGAGAUGAAUUGACAGAUGUCAGGGAGGUUAGAGAGCUAAGGGAUGAAGAGAUCAUGAAGCUAAAGGAUGAGCUUGAAGAUAAAAAUGCUGAGAUGGCAACUCAGAAUGAAAAGCAUGCCCUUUACAAGCAAACAACAGAAGAAGCUAUAGUGAAACUGAAGAAUGAACUUGAUGAUACCAGCAUAGCAGUGACAGAAUCUGACAUGAAGGUUCUAGGACUGAAUGGACAAAUUCAUCAGUUGUCUUCAGAACUCGAUGAAAGGCAAAAUGAGUUCCAAAGGCAGGCAAAUGAGCUUGAAAAUAUUAAGUCCUCAUUAGAGGAGACAAGGAGUGAACUUUUACAGGCAAAGGCUACACAUGUUGAGCUGGAGCUGAAAGUAUCAGGGCUAGAUGGAGAAAAACGUCACCUUGUUUCAGAACUUGAAGAGAGCAGAGAACUUGCUCAGAAAGGAUUGGAUCACUCGCAUGCUGUUGAGAACAGACUUCAACAAGAAAUCACAGAUUUGAAGAAGGAAAAUCUGGAAUUGAGAGAUACCCUUUCUGAGAAGAGUGCUAACUGUGACAGAAUCAACAACACUGUUGAAGACUUACAAGUGCGUUUGGAAGCCCAGGAUGGUAAAUUGGAAAAACUGGAAGAAAAAUUGAAAAGUGAACAAGCAGAAAAAGAAGCUGUCGUGAGAGACCUAGAGAGGCAAGUUGCAUCGAAGGAAGAAGCUGUCGAGACUCAUCAGCAGAGAAUACUGGCACUUGAGGAAUCAAGGGACAGUGAAAAGUUUGUCUUUUUGGAGUCUAUUGCAGAACAGGAUGAUGCUAUGUCUAAAUUGAAGGAAGCCCACACUACUGAAUUAGAAUUCCUCCAGAAACAGCUUGAGACUCUCCGAGAGGAGAAUGCAUGUCUCGUAGAGGUUGAGGCUGAAAAAGUUGCAGCUGAACACGAGAGACUCCAGAAGCUUCUGUCAGUUCAGGAAAAGAAGGUAGAUAGCCUGGAAAGUGAGCUGCAAGACAGCAAUGGAAAGAUUAUCAAACUUCAAGCUGACAUCAGUGAGGCAGAGGCUUUGAUAGAAUGUCAUCAACUGACUGCUGAGAAAGCUGAGCAGCUUUGCAAUGAAUCAGAUGCAAAGGUACGUGUCGCCGCAAGUCGCAUUGAUCUCCUGCAAGCUGAAUUGAGAGAAAGCCACGAUUCCACCAUGAAAGCAGAUAAAGAUUUCAGCGAAGUCCGUGCUGAACUGGAACAUCAGCUGCAAAUUCAGACAGACAGAUCGACAAAACUUGAACAUGAUUUGGAAUCUUCUUUAGAAAAGCUUCAUGAUCUUGAGACUUCUAAGAAGACUACUGAGGAAGAGCUACUAAAUCUCAAGAUGACACACACGAGGGAUGAAGGAUCAUUAACCAUUGAAAAUGAAGAGUUGCAAUCAAAGGUGAACACCAUGGAAACAGAGAAUGAAGUCCUCAAUUCCAGGCUUACUGAUUUGCAGACACAGUUGACAGAUGUCAAGCAAACAAAGGAAGAAGCAGAGUAUCAAAUGCGUUCAGCUCAGUCUGAAUUAGAAGCUAUCAAGUCAAGAGAAGAGAUGGUGGAGAGUGAUAAAGCUUUCAUACAGAUACAAAACUCAGCCCUUGAGGAAGAUGCACUGCAAUAUAAAGACAAAAUCAGUUUUUUGGAAGAGGAAGUUAUGAAUGCACAGAAGCAAGUGCAACAACUGAAAGAAAAUGACACAGCUUUGAGUAGUGAUGUUGAAGAUCUCAAGCAAAAAUUGGAAGUAGUCAAAAGCAGCAAAAGAAUGCUGGAAGAGGAAUUAACAGCCAACAAAGAUAUGGUCUCAUCUCUGCAGAAUGAGCUGAAAGCUGUGGAAAAUAAGCUGGAGGGAGAUUUCUCUGUGGAGCGUCAACAAAAAGAUAUGCAAAUAUCGGAAAAUAAAAAUCUUGCCAAUAAUCUCGCCUCAAUGGAAACAGCAAAUCAAGAGUUGAAAGAUGUCAUCUCAAAAUUAGAAGAAAAGAUUCAUCAUUAUGAAAAAGAUUUGAUAGAAAAGAAUGAAAAUAUAGAAACCACAAUGGCACAACUAUCAGAAUGGAAGCACAAAUUAACUGACUUAGAAGAGAAUCUAAACAGAUAUGCUGAAGAAAAUUAUCAAUUGAAUGAAAAGAUCAUGGCAUACUCUACAGAGAAAAACCUGCUUGAAUCUCAGGUUACUGAGCUUAAAGAAAUUGUUGAGAGCCAAAAUGGCCAGAUGACAGUACUGAAGAAAGAUAUUUCAGAUUUAGAAGGGCAGAUUGAGAAGAAAGCUAAAGAUAUGGAAAACAUGGAACAAGAUGGGAUGGAAACCUUGACUAAAAUUGCUGAGAAGGACAAUGAGAUAGCUGUACUUAGGGAAGAAAAUGAGGCUCUCCACGAUCAGACAGAAGAGCUGUUAGUCGAGACUGGAGACAUGGUGCAAGAUAUGGACUCCCUCCAGGCCAGGAAUGAUGCUUUGAAGAAAGAGCUUGAGUCCCUUCAGAUGCAGCUCAGUAGCAAUGAAUCAGAGAAACUUCAGAUGGACGAGGCUAGCAAAUCCGAGUUUGAUCAGCUCUGUAAUGAAAUCGGUGACCUCAAGGAUGAAAUCAGUGCCAAAGACCAGGAAGUUGCUGAGGCUAAGAAUGAGCUCAUGCUGUCCCAGGAUGAAAUUAAACGUCUUCGGUCAGAAAUUGACACUGCUGAGGCCAAGCUGGAAGAGGGCAAGUCCAUUGAGGAAGUUUUUCAAGCUGAAAAGUGUGAGCUGCAAAAUGAGCUUAAGAAAACAGAAGAAAAACUAAACCAAGUAGAACAACUCAAGAGCGAUGUUGAGAAAAAUCUUGCAACUCUUGAAGAUGAGAUGAGCAAGGACAAAGACAGUGUAGAUAACAAACUGGCUAUGUAUGCCUCAGAGUUGUCAGAAGCUAGAGAGGAAUAUGAGCUUCUGCUGAUAAACAUCACCAAGGAAAAGGAAGAGAAGGUGAAUUUGGAGAAGAAUUUGGCCAAACAGGAAGAUAUGAUUAAGAAGGAGCAAGAAGAUAGGGAAGUUGCUGAGCAUAGUGCAGAAGAGAAGGAAGAGGUUAUAAAAGGUUUGAAAGAGGAGAUGAAGAGCAUGAGUCAGGAGAUUAAAGAAUCAACAGUCAGGAUAGAAAGUUAUUCCCAAGAGGUUAACAUCCUUAAUGAAAGGAAUACUAACCUUCAGAGCCAGAUUGACAGCCUGGAGUCUGAGAAGGACCAGCUUGCGGAUGCAGAAAUGUCUCUAGCCGCAGAGAUUCAGAGCCAGCAAACCAAAGGCUCUGACCUAGAGAAAAGGAUCAAGAACCUGGAAACUGAGCUCUCUACAAUGGAGGAGAAAUACAAUAACCUGCUGGAGACACAUGCCUUCUUGGAGACCGAGUCAUCCCAGUUACAACCGGAGAUUGAAGAGAAGACCAAGAUCAUUGAAACACUCCAGAAGAGUAUCCAGGAUGUGGAAAGUUCCAAGGGCAUGCAUGAGCAAGCUAUCAGGGAGGUUGAAUGGAAGCUGGCAGCUGCUUUGGAAGAUGGAGAGAGCAAGAAGUUGGAGAUGGAAGCACUAGUCAGUGAGAAGCAGGAUGUCGAGAAGCAGUUGCAACAGAUGUAUAGUGACCUGAAGAAAGCCCAAAGAGAUUUGACAAUGGAGACGGAAGCUUAUGAGCAGAAGCUUCAAACAGCAGAAGAAGAUGGAUUGGCAAAGAUAGAAGAUCUGAAGAAACAACAUGCAAAGACUUUAGAAACCCUGGAGAAUGGCUUGGAAGAAGCCCGUGUAGAGAAUAAAGCAAAGACGGAACAAACCAGAAACCUGGAAUCAUCUUUACUGGAGUUCAGGUCAACCGUUGAUGACUUGACAACACAACUCGAUCAGUCUUCUCAGAUGUGCAAAAAUUAUGAAGAGGAGGUGAAUUGCUUGAAAGCAGAAUGUGAAGAACUCAAGCUCCUUGCUGAGAAGUCGGAUCAGACUGUCAAGAACUUAGCCCUGAAGCUGAAGAAGUUAGAGCAGGAGGCUACAUCUAAUGAUAGCCUUCGAGCAGAGAUCAAGAAGCUGGAAACUAACUGCAAUGAAUUGAGAGGCCAGCUGGCAGACGAGAAAGAAGAGAAGGACGGUGCCCUUAGGAAACUUGCCAAACUCCAAGAGGAAUCCAAGGCUGCUGUAGGCGCUAAUUCUACGAAAAUGAAAACUGAGUUUGAAAAACAAAUCAAAGAACUGAAAGCAGACAAUGAAUCCUACCAGGGAAAACUCAAAUUGUCAAUGACAAACUUAAAGAAGUUGCAAAAAGACUUUGAGGACCUCCGCAAAUCUAACUCAGAGCUGGAGGCUAAGGUCGGUGGUGAUGCAAACUCAAAUAGUAGUGACGAAGGUUCUGCACUUGAAGAACUUAAAGAAGAGCUCAGAGAGAAAGAAGAAGAGCUGGAAUUCACUAGGAAAGAGUACAUGAAAAUUAGCAAGACCUCUAAACAAGACCAAAGGAAAGUAGAGGAUUUCAAACUCAAGCUCCAACUGGCAUGCAAAAAAAUGACUGAGUUAAAGGAAGAAAAUGCAAAACUCAAGAAAAACCUAAAGCAAAACAUGGAUGACAAGCCACAAGUGGAGAAUACCAGCCCACCAGCAGCUGUAGCUAUUGCAGAAAGAACUGAAGAUGAGACUGCUCCAGUCCAGGAGAAACAAAUUCCUAGCAGCAAACGGACAACAAGACUGUCAACAAAGAGACAUGGGUUCAGCAAAAAUGAGAAUCCUGCCAAGAAAUUAUCUGCAGAGCCCUCUGCUGCGGUAGAACCUGAAGUAACAAAUGAAUAUCCCUCGAAGAAUGUACCUUUGAAUGUUGACACUGCUAUGCCAGCAUCGCAAGAAAAGCAUGAAGAGACUGCUGAAACCGUGUUAGCAGAGUCCAAAAGCCCUAGUCCUGGAAGGCGUAUGACAAGGCUGUCUAAGAGAAGGUAUUCUAGGGAUCCUUCUGUAGAUGUGAGUCAGAGAGAAGAGGAGGGCACACAGGUUGGUACCAAGCGUUCCAGGCAUCUGAGUGCAAGUCAAGAAGCUAAAAGGAGCAAGAAAGAUUUUCAAAGUUUCCCUGAAACAGAAGAGGAGGUUGCUUCAUCUCAGUCUGGUUUGAGCACCAGGCUGCGAAGGUCAGGCAGUCAGAACCAGUCCAGUAGCCAACCACCAUCCACUCAGAUACCCAGCAGUCAGGGCAGUGAAGACGGGACAUUCAACACAAACAAAAGGGUCACCCGCAGUCAUCUGUCUAACCUCAGUCUAAGGGGUCAAAGUAGCAACCAUUCAGCUUUAUCCACCAUUACUAAUAGCCCACUGAAGGAAGGCAGGAGUGUGGAGGCUACCAAGGCUAGAGAGCUUUCAGCCAGGUCUACAAGGGGUGGACGGGGUAGAGGAGCAGCCACAGGUGUAGGGGCCCCCGAGGCUGAGGAUGAUGAAGAAAACUGUAAGAUACAGUGAAUGCAUAUAGGAGACUUUUUACUCAAUUCCUGCAGUUUGUCCAGGGAACGCAAUUGUUAUUUAAUAUUGUCUAUUUUUGGACAUUUGGGGGUGAAUGCAUUCCGUUGUCCUAUGAUUAUUGUCAUCUUUUUGCUGCAGCAUAUUAUAUAUUGCUUCAUGUCACCAGUGUGCACAAACCUUCAUGUAUUUCACAAGACAAUCUUAGAGGUGUAUUAUAUGUAUAUUGUAUGAGACAUACAAAACAAAUAUAUAUUUCAUUGGACGAAUGACUUGAAAUUAAACAAGUUUAUAUGUAUCAUAUUCAUAUUUCUCUCAUUUUUUUUGGGGGGCGGGUGGCGUGUUUUCCUAGAUGUGGACACUGUAUAUACAAACAUGCUAUACUGAAUAUAUUGAAAUGUUUCUCCAAUAUACAUUUCUACUUUUCAUUCUUCAUCUCCAAUUCAGAAAUGAAGAAAGAAAACUAUAUUUUUCAGUGUUUAAUCUUGACCCCACCUAAAUUGUUAAUGGAAUAGUAAGUAUGAAUCAUUGUGUGAGUGUGUGUACAAACUCAUCAUUUAUUAAUUUGAUUUCACUUGUAAUUUAUAUAUUGAUAUUCUAUUCUACCCACAAUUUAUGAAUAUAUAUAUAUAUAUACAUGUAUGUAUCAGAGCUUGACAGUACCCCCAUGUACUAACUAAAUUUUCCAUGCAUAGUAGCAUCUUUGAUAUAUGCAAUGAGCUUUUGUUAGUUCACACAAAAUGAAUUAUCAGUCAAAUUAGUCACUUUGUCAAAUAGUGUAUUUUGUACAAAGUUGCACGCAGUAAAGCGAGGUAAAUCGAGCACUAUCACUGUGUUGUCUGCCUUUAUAGCCACUCGCUGUUGAUUGUAUGAAAUUUUUAUGUGUUCAGUUACAGAUGUUUGAAAAAGUUAUAAACUACUGAGCUAAAAUGCAAGGCCUCUUUGUUAUUGUGUGUUUACCUUGUAUCAGCUCGUUUCAUUGGGUUGCGUUCUGUUUGACGGUAUUUGUCUCUGUUCAGGCAAUCCGUAGCUCAACACAAGCCAAACAUGCAAUUGUGUGAGCCAGUCUUUAAGAGAAGGACAUUAUAGAUGUUCAUAUUCAGGCCAUGAUCAGAGCACAUGCUUUUGAACCAUAAUAUCUCAAAGGCAUAAGCUUUAAUUGAACUGAUAAUGUGAUAGUGAUAGAAGCAAAUUAGAAGAAACAUGUUUCUGUAAUUCAUUUCAGUUACAUUGUAUGAAUACACUAAGAAGAUAAAAAAAGAUCAGUUAAUAAUUCUGAGUGGCCUACCUAAAUGGAUCACUUGAGUUAUACAUUUAUUAUAUGUGUGUUACUGUGCUUUGAUAUUUUUGCUACGAUUCAAAAGUAUGUAAUAUGUUUUGACACUCAUCAAUCACAUUUGGUUAAAAUGAAUUCCACUAAAAUGUAUGUCAUGUGGUUUAUUUGCGCAUUCAUGUAAAAGAAAUAUAUGUACAUCACAUGUAUCUGUACUAAGUUAGAGAAUUAUUUUGAAAGAAUCCUAGAUAGUAUUUAAAUAUACCCUUUUCUGUGUAAUUUUAGAUUACUAGUAUUUUUUUUGUAUUUUUGUUCUGUAAUGGUUUUCUUUCUUAUAUACUCUCAACAUUAAUUCUAUAAAUUGAUUUAAUAUAAUCCUAAACUUUAAGAAUGAGAUCAGAUUGAUUAUUCUCAGCAAAUAAGUACUGUUCCAGGAUCGGUGAAUCAAUCAUAUCUUUGAGUAAAUAUUACAGUGGAAGUUCAUUAAGUUAAAGUUAGUUUUAAUAAAAGCAUGAAAAUAAGUGAAAAAUAUUGGUGAAGGUUUGAUGAAAAUCCAUCAAAUAAUAAGUACAUCAUUUCAUAUUCAUAUUGAAUAUCCAUAGCAGAUUGCUUCAAUCUACUGUGUACACUUCUUCAGCAAUAUUCCAAUCAGGAUAUUUAUGUAAUUUGUGAUACAUUGACAUUGUAAUUUCAGAAAUUAUUCAAAAUUUGUUAUUGACAUAUUGAUAGUGAAUGGAAUGCUACCCAGGGAGUGGAGAAAGUGCAUGUAUUGUGUGCAGGCAAGCCUGAGUCGAAUGGUUGAAGAAAAGGAAUAUGUCUGUAAAGCACUCAGAGAUGGUGUUUUGAUGUAUUGAGUGCUUAAAAGGAGUUGUAUUAUAAUUGUAUUGUGUCAUCUAAAUUUAUAUAAGGUGCAUCUUUUUCAGAGAGAGCUCACCAUGUAUUAAUGAUGAGUGAGGUAGGACUGAUAUAACCAUAGUGAUACAUAUGCACUUCUCUAUGGGCUAUGUGUGCAUUCAUGCGUAAGACAUGUAUGUAUGUUCAGUUCCAUUUGUAAUAAAUGUUUUCUACCAAACUUGUUAUUUUCACUUAA